AUGAUUCCAAAAGAUAGUGUCUGGUCCGACAUUCGACCCAAACUCAUCUUACCGGCCGGUAUGACAGCGGCCGAGGCUUGGACCAAGCACUCUCAACCUAAUCUUCUCGCCUCUUACGACAUUACCGACCCGAAGCAGCUCGUUCCACAUCGCGGACUGCCCGAUUAUGCCCUUGGCAUUUCUGAGGGCUCGAUGGAGGCCCUCCUCAUCGCCACUGCUGGUGUGGAUGAAAAUAGAGGAAAUCUUGCAGAACUCGAUGUUCUCUGGAUUAGAGGAGAGCCUUAUGUCAUGCACGAUUCAACCGGUGAUCAGCAGAUGCUUUAUGAAGGCCCGUGGUCGAAUUCCUCCCUUCAACCUGGUGAGGAGAUGCCGUACUUCAGCAUUCGAGAUGUGGAGGGUUCCCAAUACACCGAACAAUAUCUACCCCCCACACAAUGCUAA